CAAAGUCCCUCCCCUGAAAGUCAUAUGCUCAUGCUGUCUUGCUUUCCAAAGAAGGUGUGUUAUACGCGCCAGAGGAGAAAUACGGACAUCAUUCAUUGAAAAUUGGUAGGCUAUUGCAGUAUUGCUAUUGGAAACAUCAAGCAGCAAGCCUGAGGUUAAUGAAAAAAGCUUAAAAAAGAAAAGAAAGAAAAACACGCCACCAUGGGCUGCGCUGGAUUCACCUGCUCAAAGAAUUCCCUCUGCGCUCUCAACAUCCUCUAUGUUAUGGUGAGCUUGCUGAUGAUCGGAAUCGCUGCCUGGGGGAAAUGGUUUGGCCUGGUGUCUAGCUUUCAGGUGGUGGGGGGCGUCAUCGCUGUCGGGGUCUUCUUGUUCAUUGUUGCUCUGGUCGGUCUCGUCGGAGCCAUGAAGCAUCAUCAAGUCCUGCUCUUCUUUUACAUGAUUAUCCUGUUCAUGGUGUUUGUGGUGCAGUUUUCUGUGUCCUGUGCUUGUCUGGCCAUCAACAAAGACCAACAGGAGCAACUGCUUGAGGUGGGCUGGAACAACACUUUAAGCACUCAGGUUGAUGUGGAGAAGACACUGAAUUGCUGCGGCUUUCUUCACGUUGACUACAACGUCACCUGUCCUGCAGCCUGUUUCCCUCAGCAUUCUUGCUCCUCAUGCGCUGAUAAGAUCCAAGAACACGCAGGAGAGGUGCUGCAGUUUGUAGGUGGAAUUGGCCUUUUCUUCAGCUUCACUGAGAUCCUCGGGGUGUGGCUCACGUAUAGGUACAGGAAUCAGAAGGACCCGAGGGCCAAUCCCAGUGCCUUCCUGUAGCUCCCAUCACGGGCUAUGGUUGUUAUGGUGACCCACCGCUGCAUUCGCCUGCACUUCUCUGAAUCCCUGAACUUUUUUUAAAGUUUUGUUUGGAUGUAUAUAGACGUGCGUGUGUGUGUGCGUGCGUGCGUGUGUGUGUGUGUGUGUAUGUGUGUGUAUCUCUGUCUGUCUGUCUGUAUCUAUGUGAUGUAGUUAUGAAGUGGAAAAAAGUGUUUUCUAACUGCUUUGUGUGCUGGAUUUGCAAGAGUGCAGUGUGUCUGAGUGAAAUGGUUAUGUACAUUAUAAUUGUGUUGGUCUACUGAAAGGGUGUUCCUCUUUGAAAGCUCCUGUGGAAAGUUUGGCAUAAGCCACUAACUCCUUAUUACUCUCUAAUGACCUAGAUAGGUAUGGGAUAACAGGGUUGAAGUACGAUGGCCUACUGAUAAUGUGAGCUUUAAUGGUUUGGGGUUGAAAACUGCUGCUGUACCACUAAAAAUAACUUCCGUCAUAAAGAUAUUAGUAUCACUUGCGCAUGUGUGACUGAAUGGAAAUGACUAGAAUAUUUAUAUUUAUAUCUCCUGGAGAACACACUAUCAUUUUGUUUUACAGCUGCCUUCGCAGCUCACAAAAACUAUGUCAAAAAAUGCUUUAGUAUUUCCCAACAAUGAUUGUGGUCAAAGUCAAAACAAUAAAAUCAUCAGCAGCGUUGUCAGAUGCUGUUAUUAUAUUAUUUGUCUGGAACAUGAAGUGUAAUGUGUAAUUGGCUAGCAAUGAGGAAAAGACUACUGGAGUCGAGUGAGAGGGAAAUCCGAGUCGAGAGUAAAAGCUCCUCCUUGGAUUGAAAUCAGAUGACCGGGAUCUUGAGAGGGCAGCUGUGGGGCAGGUACUAAUCUCAUUGCAAGGCUGGCUGGCCAGGUGUGUGGCACUAAGCUGUGUUGUCAAGCAUGCCUGGUUUUUGUCCCUAACUUAACCCACACAACAAAGGGCACUUACAUGUUAUCUUGCUAGUAAAUCAGAAUAUCUCUAUCUGGUACAUGGUGUCGUUUGGCUUGUGUGUUUUUUUUUUAUUUUAUUUUUUUUGUUUUUUUUGUAGUAUAUAAAUGUGAGGAACGAUAAUGGUAAUAGAUAGAACUGCUGUCCUCUUGAUUGUAUGUGUGUGUGGAUUUGGCCUCUUGCAUGAUGUUUGGUGUGAAUUAUGUGCCCACGUAUAAAGGUUCUGUGAACUGCACACCAAAGCGUUGGAAAAUGAUGCAAAAAUAAACCUGAAAUAACCCCCCUCA